GGCGCGCGUUAGCUCAACGGACAGACGGAGCGUUGAACUGAGAGCCGUUGAGUGUUGCAUUGUGUACUUUUGAGACUGCUGUUGUUGUAUUUCACAAUUUUUUUUAUUUAUUUGAGUGAUUUUAUAUUAAAAAUAAUGUUCUCCAAAGCCAAAAGAUUUGAACCAUCAUCUCUGAAAAACCAAACAAAAGAAACAAAGCAGCAAGAACUGGAGAAAGUACAGCCAGAGACCCAGAAAGUGAAGCCAACAAAUCAGCCAGAGGCAGACAUAGUAAAGCUAACAAAUCAGCCAGAGCCUGAGACAGUAAAGCUAACAAAACAACCAGAACCUGAGAAAGUAAAGCCAAAAAAGCAGUUAGACCUUGAGAAAUUAAAGCUAACAAAACAAUCAGAACCUGAGAAAGUAAAGCCAAAAAAACAGCCACAACCUGAGAAGGUAAAGCCAAAAAAACAGCCUGAACCUGAGAAAGUGAAGCCAACUGUGAAGACGCUAGCAGUUGUGAGCAAAUUAAAGUCCACUGUGACACCAGCAAAGGCAAAAACCAGCAGCGAUGUGCAGUCCCAGUGCAGCUCCAUUCUCAGCGUGAAAUCUUUUCUUACUCCCAAACCAGUUACAAAUAAGAAAAUUGUCAAGCCCCCAUCUAGCGUCAAAAAGCCAGAGCACUCUGGCCAAAAACUAAGUUGCAACAAAAUUCAAAACUGUAAGGUAGCAACUGAAGAUAUUAUCAAAGCCCAAGAAGCUGAAAUAAGGAACAAGGACUAUACUAUUAAUGAAUAUAACAAGCAAAUUGAGGAACUCAAAAAUGAAAUUGCUAAUUUACAAAAACAAAUGAAGGACACUACCAAAAAUGUUAACACUACUGACAGUUUAAAUCAACAGCUAUCAAAGAUAUCUCUGAAAGAUGCUGAACAUGGAUUAAAAAUCAAAGAUAAUUCUAGUAAAAAUACUGCUCAAGAUAACUUAGACAUGAUUGCAAAAUAUGAACUUAAAAUUGCUGAAAUUGAACUUCUCUGUGAAAAAUUGGAGCAAGAAGUGAGCAGUAAACAAGUAGAAUUGACUUCUCUUGAAGAAGUUAUAACAAUUAGAGAUAGUUUGUGUCAGGAUCUUCAAUGGAAACUGAGCAAUAUGGAAUCUGUAUUGGAAGAAACUAAGUCCAGACUUGAAAUGGUUAAGGGACAUCAUGCCUUAGCACUAGAAGCCAAUGAGAGCAUUCGGCGAGAGUACAAGGCUGAGCUUGAAAGUCUGAAGUCUAAAUUUGAAGAAGAAAAGCAGGCCAUUCUAAGUAGAUCGAAAUCCGAACAGGAUAGUAUUAGAGAACAUUACAACAUUAUCAUUGAGUCCAUUAAGAAUCAGUUGACUAAAGAAAAAGAUGAGUUGUUACAUGAUUUACAACAACAACUGGCAAAUAAGGACAAUGAGAUGAAAGCAAAACUUGAACAGAUUGAUGAGGCUACUCAUGAAAAGCUGAGGCUUUGCGAGAUUCAGUUUGAAGAACGUAGUCGCUCAAUCCAAGAACACUGGACUCAACAACAAGAAAAAAUAUUCUCUCUAGAAAAAGAAACCAAAGAUCUCAAAUAUAGCAUUAGCAUGGCGGAACAGAAAAAUCAGUAUUUACAAAGAGACUUUGAUGCCCUAAAAAAAGAAUGUGAAAUUUUAAAAUCUGAAAAAGAAAGCAUCUUUGAAGAGACCAAUGAACUGAAAGAUGAAACAAAGAAGAAAUUCAUAGAUUUUGAAAAUGAGAUCAAUAAACUCACAGUAGAGGUGGAUAAGACAAGUAAGGAGAAACGUCAGUUUGAAAUGUCUCUAUCUGUAACUAGAGAUAUUGUCCAAGUUCUCACAAUGCGGCUGCGAGAAUCUGAUAAUGAAUUGGAACAUUUGGAAGAGAAAGUUAAAUCCUUAACUGAUGCCAAAGAGGCCCUCGAAAAUGAACUUAGUUCAUACAAAAGCUCUUUAAAUAACGCUCUUCUAGAAUGCAACGAAUACAAGGAAGCCUUGGUCAAUAUUCUCAAGUCGAAAGCGGCGCUAGCUAAGGAACACACGCGUAUAAUGGAGCACAACGUUACGCUCAUCGAGAGUCUGCAAAACGUUGAAAAGGAGGCAUAUCGUGAACUCGGCACUAUACAGAGUGAACUUAUUGAAGACGUGGAAAUGAUAAAGAAGGAGUCUAAAUCUCAAAUUAAAGUUUUGCAAGAUGAGGUGGAGAAGAAGCGCUUGCUGUGCGCGCUGGCCACGGAGCAGGCGGCGGCGGCGGCGGCGGGCGCGGACGCGGCGCGCGCGCUGCUGGCGCACGCGGCCGCCGAGCUCGAGCGCCGCGACGCCGACAACCAGCGACUGCAUGCACAGAUACAAGACCAACAGUCACUCGUAGUGGAGCUCUCCCUGCUGCGUCAGGAGAACGAGGAGCUGACCAUGACCGUGGCGAAGCAGUCCUCGCUCAUCGACAAGCUGAAGAAAGACGCCGAAACCCACGUCGCGCCUAAAUCCCCCUCGCUCAUGCGCAAAACACAUAAGAUUGGCAAAGAAAACUUGCCCGCUGUUGUCAGCCCCCUUAGGGAACGCAAUCACUGACUUAUGUCGUAUACAGUACGAUCUCCGUGAUUUCAUCAAGCGUCGUACCGGAUAAAGGAUACUCGUAUUAUAUUUUUUCAUCAAUCGGUAAAAAACUGUUAAUUACAUGACUAAUUUGAAUUUUGUACUAAUUUGCCGGAUUACCGUGAUGACACUGUAUGUAUACCUAAUAGUGUGUAGGUCUUCAUGCUAGGUAUUUGUACCUUGUUGGUACGGAACCCUAAAAACUAUAAAACUAAAAAAGGACUGAGUAUUUAAUAAGCUUGUUGAUGUGACUUGAAACAUGGUAAUAACGCGUACCUAGGUACUUUUUGCCUAUACGUCCCUACUAAGAUUAUUUAUAAGUCUUAACCAAUUGCGGCAGCUUUCAGUAUAAGUUCCACCUGUGUUAUUUCCGUUAGUGUUUGCUGUUUGUUUUGAAUUUUGUAAAGACUGUUAAAAUAAAUCGUGUGUUGUUAUAAUAUUUGGAAACAUUAAGUUUGCCUGAUAGUAAUAUAAAUACCAAAAAUCUGUAUUUAACUCUGUUUGUUAACAAAUCUGAAAAUCGAAUGCCUUAUUAUCAUAUUCCUAUGUUUAUUGAGUUAGGAUUCGUUUGUAUGUUAAUUUAUUACAAAAUUUAAAUAUUCUUGUGUAAGUUAUUGUCUCAUACUCAUAAAAUUUGCGUGUGCAAAAUAAAUUUAUGAGAAAUCGUAA